AACACCUAAAACAAAUCUAGGAGUAAGGAUUAAAAUUCCUUCAAUUCCAUUAUAACGUGGAUAUUGGUGUUUGUUUUUUAUUAUGGCGCAAUCCGAAGACACCGAACUCAGGGACUUGGUGAUCGAAGCUUUAGAAAAGAACGGAUCAUUAGCGAAAAUACGCGCUUUGCUCCGGGCAAAUGUUUUUUUGGCUUUCGAGGAAGAUUGUGACAUUAAACAAAAUCCGAGCUUAGACAACAUCUUUAACUUACCCGAAGAGUCGCGUCAAGAAAGAGAAUACAAAUACGAAGGGAAGAAAUCGCUUAACGGUAAACUUUACCUCGACAAACAAGGCCUUAAGGAACCGAUUCUAGUAUCACUGAUUAAAUCUUACCACCAAAAUAAAUACUUUGAAAAGAAGAGACACACUAAAGAAGAUAAAAUGAACCGGAGCAAGUUAAAGGAAAAUCAUACUUAUCUAGUACAUGACGACUCUCAGACGAGUACUACCAGCAAUUCUCUUUCAGAUAUAUCCUCUGAUGACAGAAAUAAAUUACGCUUAAGACUCAAUUUAGAUAAUUCCGAUACUGACACUUCUAGUGAAUCUGCUAAAGAAAAGUCGAGUUCAGAAUAUAUUCCCGGGGACCACAUUAUAGAGAUGAAAAAAGGAACCAAUACUCAAAGUGUUAUACAACACACCAAUGGCUCAUUACAUAAUAAUCAAAAUCACAGCAUACCAAAUGCCCCAGAACUGAAAUCAUCAUUGUAUGACACUUUGAAAGAAUUCCGUGCAUUACCUAGUAGUAGUGAUUCUACCUCAUAUGCAGAAUUAAAACCAUUCCAAACUAUAGAUGAUCUUAAUAAAGUUGCAUUACAAGGAACACAACAGAAAUAUAAUGCUGAUAUUGUACAGCCUGCUCCUUCUUAUUCUAUAGGAAAUUUGAAGAGUGAAUCACAGCACACUGUUGAUUCAUCCAAAUCUGGAACAAUAAGUAGUGCUUCAUCCUUAUCAUCAAGAGAGCGACAUAUAAGCGCUAGUAAAUCUAAAGAUGGAAAACCUUCAAUUGAUUCUCGUAUAUCUGAAGCUGAUACAGUGGAGUAUAGUAAUGACUUUUCAACAUCAUCACCUAAAUUUAACAAAAGUCCUCACAAAGAAUCUAAACGAUCAAAUGAUAAUAGUCACAAAAAUAUUUCAAUAGAAAGUCAAAAUCAAGGGUCACAGAGCUCGCGCAGUUCGAUUUCGAUUUCUGAUAUUGCUGAUUUGAUGAGUGAAAAAAGUUCCUCUAACGAGAAUAAUUCUAAAAUUGAUCAUUCAACAAAUAAAUCAAAGUUAUUAUCACAAAGUGUUCUACAUAGUAAAUCUAAUAUAAGACAGAAUAAGAGUUUAAGUGAUGAUUCUGGGGAUUUCACAGAAUCACCAAUACAUUCAUUGUCUAAUCUUAGUUUAGACAUUCACAGUGACUAAUAUUAAAUAAAAGAUUUACUCAAUACAUUCUGAAGAUUAUUUACGCAUUUAAUAUGAGCAAUUUAUUUCAAACAUAAUAUCUUAUGCAGGAUGAAAGUGACUAAUUUUUAAAUGAUACUACCUAUGUUAGUAUUUACAAAAGUAUCCUAUUUAUUAUUUUAUAUAAAAGUAUAAAAUUUGUCCCAAGCAUGGGUCUAAUAAUUUUAAUGGUUUUUUUUUUAUAAUUUAAUUUGCCCUUAAGUCAUAGACAGUUAAUAAAAAUGCUCAGUAAAUAUAAAAUAAAUAAAAACACUGUUUUAUUACUGAUAAAAUUUGACUAAUCAUUGCAUAAUAAAAUUAUAUAAGAGAAAAUUUUAGUAAUGUCAAAUAAUGUUAUUGAUGAAUGAUAGAUACAGUUCAUGUCAAAAAUGAUGCAAAAUGUAAAAAAAGUUAUAUCAAUUCAUAUGCCUUCUUUACAUGAUAGUUGAUGACCUUACCAACUCGUAAUCUUCAUAUUAAGAUUUGAAGGAGUGAGUGAUUGGAUGGAUUAUAAUUUUUUUUAACACAAAACUGUAUUGCAUUGAUUGUAAUUAAUGAUUUAUUCAUUCAGUAUUAAUUUAUUUCAUAUUAUUCAAUCAGAAUCUUUUUUGAAUUGACAAACAUUCAAAUUGGUAUAUUGAACUAUAUAGUUCUUAAAUUUGUUAAUCUGAAUUAGUCUCUCACUGACUUGUAGAUUAUAUGUAAUGGCGACAAUUCGUCUGCAGUGCAAUGUGACUGUAAUUUUAUGUACUUAAAACAAAACAAAAAGUAUUUUUAUAUUAUUGUAGUUUAAUUAUAAUUAAGAAAAUUUCAAGGAAUUAAAGUAUUGCUAAUGUUUUGGAUAGGAAAAAUAAGUAAGUAAAAUGUUCAAUGUACAAAUACCUUAAACACUGCUGAAACUGUAAUUGUGUUUCCAAUUAUUUUUGGAUAUUGCUGUUCACGAGCGUUCAUUGUCAACUACAAAAUGAACUUUCUUUCGUAAUCCAAGUUUCGAAUGAAUGAUUUAAAAUUAUUUAUUUUCAGAGAAGAAUGGUUGUGCCUUAUUUAAUUGAAUUGCAACAAGUUCCUUUAAAAAGUCAUAAUUCUAGUCCUAAAUACAACUGGUUCCGUCCAAAUUGCCGCAUUUACGAACUCAGUUUCUGUAUCAAAAGAUAGUUGUGCUGAAACAUACCUACUUAUGAUGUCAA